AAUAGGUUGACAAAUAAUAAUUUACGCCAUAGUAUUUUUUUUAAAGUUAAUGCAUUUUGGUUUUUUUCUUUUUUAAACAAAAUUAUCUACACUUUUUCUCUGUCUGAGCAAUCGUUAUCAUGCAGUGUUUAUCAGAGCUAUCAACCCUGGGGAUAAACCGCGCCAAUCCUCAAGAUUUGAAACUCGUGAAAGGCUGCAGCCGAGGUGGUUGGACAAAGGAAAACCGGUUGCCACGGGGAUUAGACAACUCAUCGCGUGUGAAAAGAGUGGGAUCAACACAGGUGCCGAUUGAUUUUCAGCGCAGUUUGCCACGCCAACAGCAGCGGAAAAUAUGCAGGAGGCCUACGUCAACAUCAACUCCAUUCCCACCCACAUAUUCACAUGGGGCAGGUGGAUUGAGGAGACCAUAACCGAGAAGGAGAUCGUCAUCUGCAUAACUGGCAAUCCCGGUUUGCCAGGUUUCUACACAGAGUUCGCAGGCACUUUGCAAAAGGAGUUGGGCGAUCUUCCAGUUUGGGUGAUAGGGCACGCUGGCCAUGAUGAUCCGCCAGAGGCCAGUAUUCGGGAGGUUCCUCAACUCAGCGGCAACGAGGAGCUCUUCAAUUUGGACGGACAAAUCCGGCAUAAAAUCGCCUUCAUCGAGAAAUACGUGCCAAGUGAUGUCAAGAUCCACUUGAUUGGGCACUCCAUCGGAGCGUGGAUGAUCCUGCAGCUGCUGGAAAACGAGCGGAUACGGAGUCGCAUCCAAAAGUGCUAUAUGCUGUUCCCCACCGUCGAGCGGAUGAUGGAGUCGCCCAAUGGAUGGGUGUUCACCAAGGUGGCCAUGCCCCUGUACUCCGUGUUUGGCUACAUUUUCUUCAGCUUCUUCAACUUUCUGCCCGUGUGGUUGCGCCUGAUGCUGAUACAGAUCUACUUCUUGAUUUUCUCCAUUCCACGACAGUUUCUGGGCACCGCCCUAAAGUACUCCAAACCAUCGGUAGCGGAGAAGGUGGUCUUCCUGGCCGACGAUGAGAUGGCCAGGGUUCGCGGGAUUCAAAGGGAGAUUGUAGAGCAGAACCUGGACCUCCUCAAGUUUUACUACGGCACUACCGACGGAUGGGUACCAAUCUCCUACUAUGACCAGCUCAAAAAAGACUACCCCAAGGUGGACGCCCAGCUGGACACCAAGAAGAUCGACCACGCUUUCGUCCUGCGCCACUCGCAGCCUAUGGCUGUAAUCGUAAGAGACAUGAUCCAGCAGCACAGACGUGUUUGAAGUCGAUUGUUGACCUGGCCCAGACAAUCAGCCCUGUCCAUUACCUAAUCCAUCCAUGCCAAUAGACUUGGGAAUCCGGAUUACGGUUGAACAGCAAACCAAUAGCAAUUACUCCACUGCCUUUGUGUGGCAAUUAGUUCGUUUUUAUUAGUAUCUUUUUGCAGCUCUCGAAGACAACUCUAAAUAUAGUCAAAAGUGAUUUAACACGGUU